CAUAUGUUGAAUCGGAAUAACUUGAGUAAGCAAUCUAACGUUCACUUUUCCCCUUCCGCGGUGCUACCUAUCUUGUCUCUUCCUCCACUAUUGAUCCUUAAAAUCCGACUGUAUAUACACUAAUCGCACACCCUCACAGAUUGUACAGAUAUACAGAAAAGUAAAUAGAUCGAGAGCACCUAAGCCUUAAAUUACACAAAUGUCGGAUUGGGGACCGGUGUUCGUGGCGGUGGUGCUCUUCAUAUUGCUUACGCCGGGACUGCUGAUUCAGAUACCGGGGAACAACAAGAUGGUGGAGUUUGGUAAUUUCAAGACCAGCGGUGUUUCAAUUCUGGUUCAUUCCGUUAUCUAUUUUGCUCUCAUCUGCAUCUUCUUGUUAGCAGUCGGGAUCCAUAUGUACCUCGGUUGAUAUAAUUCCCAAAUUAAUUCUCGUGUAAUACUCUCUUCUUUCAUCACCAGAUAGUUAAUAGUUAAGUUUUCUGGAUUCAUCAGGAUUGGAUUGGAUUGGAUAAUGUUAUGAUUCAAUUACAUGUCUCCGUGAACUUCGCUGAUUUCCUGCUUUUAUCGGUUUUCCCUUAAAAAUACGUUUAUCAUCAUUUCUAGGGAAUCAAUUCCUCAUCACAUAUUUAUUUGUUUGUUUUCAUUUCAUAUAUAUAAAUACAUCAUCGAUCCAAUGUAGCAUUCUAUCUA